AUGGCACAAGAAUCUGGACGAGCAUCUAUUCAUGAGGCUCUACACAGCUAUCUCACUUCAAAUGGGAUCGAAACGGCCGAAAAGUUCUUCGAGGGUGGUCAGGAUCAAAUCAAAAAACGGCUCUUGCUUCUUGGAGUGGAAAUCACGAUGCACUCCUGCCUCGUUGACAAAUUAGACGGCUAUUGGAUGACAGAUGGAAUCAAAAGAAUAUCAGAAUUGGUGACCGUCGACGAAUUCAAGACUUACGAGCCUCUGAUCACCUACAUCCUCCUCAACCAAGCCCAAUCCGAUCAAGAAAUCCUUCAGCUCAUCAACAAACAACACAGCGAGCCCCCAACGCCACCAGUGUCCACCCCGGUGAGCACUGGAUCCGGCCUCAUCGAUUCUUCGGCCGCGGACUUCGUUCCUAUCCUAGGACGGGAAUUGGGGGAAUUGCUGUACACAAAUGUCCAAGGUCUGCUGGACCAUUUCAUCGACCCACGACACAUCGAUCCCACUCACCGGAAACGUACUAACGCACGAUCUGUAUUUAUUGAUGAAAAGCGUCAAGAAUCAGACACCUUGCAGGGCUCUAGGUUGAGGUACAUCUCUUCGUUCGCCGCGCACUUGGUCAACCAAACAACGCCCAAGAAUCCGAUGUCUCGUAUUUGGCGCACUCGACCUCACACGCGUUUGGAGGGCGUUGAUGGGACGCGUAUGGUGGAUGGUGCGAUCAUGUCCGGGGUCAAUGCAACCCAACAAACCUAUCACAUUCGAGAUGUUCUGGUCCCUUUCGCGCUCAAGAAGGAUAAACAGGACCUCACAAAAGCUGUGAUUGGCUUGGGCAAAUAUGUCUGCGAGCUCUUCAAAGCUCAGCCCACCCGAAGCUUUGUCGUUGGAGUUACUGUGCUCGAAAGCUCGAUUCAGAUCUGGCAGUUCGACAGGUCCGGGGCCAUCGGCUCUGAACCAGUCGACUUCAAAUCGGACAGACCAAACAUCGAAAAGUUCCUCGAUCUUAUGCUAUGUUUCUUAACAUGCAACAAGGAACUUCUGGGCUUCGAUCCGACCUUCAUUGAGGCUCAAGACCGUCCUGCUGUGCUACGAAUCAAACCCCAGAAUGAUGUUAAUCAAGAACUCGAAAUAGAGCCCAGACCGGUCUUCCGAGCGUCGGGAAUCUGCGGACGCGCCACCACCUGCUGGAAAGCGCAUCCUUCUGGAGAUAAGAGUCAAGAAUUCCUGAUCAAAGACUCGUGGCAACCCGAGCAGCGGCCAAAAGAAGGCGAAAUGCUUCGCAUCGUGACCGAAAAGAAAGUACCACAUGUGGCCCGAUAUCACCAUCAUGAAGACGUCUGCGUCGACGGCAAAAUGGUCGACAUCAAAUCACAUCUUCGGAGGGGCGUCGACUUCCAAAAUUGUGAGAAGCUCACAAACAAGGAAAAGCCCACCGAUCUAAAUGUGCAAAAUGAGUUUAUCAAUCGGGUCCAUCGACGAUUGAUUCUCAAAGACGUGGGGAAGCCCAUUUGGACAGUUGGUUCUCCGCUUCGUCUGUUGGAGGCCCUCGAGGGCUGUAUCAUCGGACAUCAGGCCUUAUUCGCAGCAGGAUAUCUUCACAGAGAUAUAUCGGCCAACAAUCUCAUGGUGAAUGACCAGGCAGACGAUCCACAUUACCGAUCCUUCCUCAUCGACUUAGACGGCGCGAUUCACCGUUCUAUGUCAAGCGGUGAUGAACGCCACACCAGAACCGGCACAAAAGUGUUCAUGUCGAUCAGCUUGCUUAGAGGAAGAAACCCCCACACUCCUGUGGAUGACCUGGAAUCCUUCUUUUGGGUCUUGGUAUGGAUUGGUAUCCAUUACCCCAAAGAUCAAAGGAACACGAUCUCUGAAUUGGCCUCGUGGAAUCAGCAGAUCCCGAAACACCUAGCUGGCAUCAAGAACGAAUACCUCACCGUACCCCGCGACCUUACGAAUCUUUUCACAGCUCAAUACCGUGAAAAGCAUCUCUCCGACUGUGUCAUCAGGUUCGCCCAACUGAUGAGCAACCAGAAGAUCCGAGGCUGGGAAUACCAAAGACUUUAUGAAGAAAUAUUAAGUAUUUUGCGACAGGCGCAAGGAAAGCUGCGCGAGCAAGAAACGCUGCGUGAGGAAGAAAAGCUGUGUGAGGUCCAGGAAGAAAAGAAAAGCCGGACUGGGAAGAAGAGAAAAAAAGCUGCAGAAAACAAAAACUGCGUCGAGAAGAUUCAGAGAAAAGCUGCAUAGGGACAGUUAUAAGUGUAAGUAGGUCCAGUACUCUUCCUUCGCCUCGAUUGGCUAGCCCCCAUGACCCGAACUUUCAUCUCCAGGAUAAGGCUGUAUUUUGUUUUAUUCAGAUAUUAUCAUCGUUCCCCGCCAUAGAUCGCCGACCCCCCAUGGAUGUACGGAUUCUUCUUCCUUUUGAACCGUGUGGUAUCUCUUUCUCCCAAUCGGUAGAUCACACUAUAUUAUCGUUCUUGUCUUUUUCGCUCUGAUGAUAUCUGCAACCACCAUACAUCAUAUUUUUUGUCGUUUUAUCGUAAAUCUUACAUGUACAUACUCCAAGGCACCAGCGUUGUUGACCACCACAGCUAUACUCUGCAAUACGUGGUGCAACCCUAAUGUUUUUUUAAUGAUUGCGAUUUGAGUCAGAUUAUCAGUACUCUGUUUGAUGUUCUUAACCUCAGACUAAGCGCUAAUAUAGCCAUCCAGCUUGGGCAUUCGG